AUGAUGGAACCUCCUCCUCAUCCUCAACAAGGCCGCCCUUCAAACACCACAAUUCAAUCACACAACAAACCUAUGCCAUCCCCCGCCCUUGUGCAUCUAAGGGAAAGAGUAGAUCCAUGUGCACAAAAUGUCUCGGAUCCUGCAGCAGCAGCAAGUUUGUAUCAACAGGGAAAAGAAAAUGAAUCCAAUCAACUUAUUACUAACUCAGUUGAAAGUUGUUUAAGGCAAGAUGAAGAUUUCGACCAUCGUGAAACAAGUCCAUUAUCGAGAUUUAUGAGUCAAGAGACCAACUAUGAGAGCAGCAACGAGAGCUUGGACAGAACCUUCCAAAACAAAGAGGAAGAAGAAGAGACCGCCACUCUUGUUCAAAUCAAUAAUUUUACAGCUCAACAAACCAAUUAUGAUGAUGAAUUGAGAGGUGAUUGUGAUGAUGAUCCUCAUAAAGUUAGUGAGGAGCUUAAUAAUAAUAAUAAUAUAAAUAUGUAUUGGGUAAGUGAUGUUUCUCAUCCUGAAGUUGGAUGGCAAGAAUUGCACUCUGAUUACCAACAACAAGGAAACAACACUGACUGGAUUGAUGAGGUUUCACGACCACGCAGUGAUUGGGAAGAUCUCAGGCAAGCUAGAUAUCAGGAGAUGCUUGAUCCUUUCGUCGACAAUGAAGAAAUACGUGCUCUCCUUGGAAGAAGAAGUGUUUCAACCUUUCUUUCUAGUGGUCUAAGAGAGAGAAUAGAUCGAGUGAUGAUAUCUCGUUCUGAAGGAAAACAAAGUGAUCUAAAGAGUAAUAAUCACACACCACAAGGAAAAGAUGAAGGGCUGCCUGAACAAGAAGAAGAAGCACUAGUAUCCGAGGAAGAUACAGAGCAAGAUGCACAAGGGGGAGGUUAUGGGGAUUAUUUUGAUGAAUAUGAAGAAGCUGAAAGCUCAGUGGGGCAACAGUAUGAUGAGUGUGAUGAUUACGCAGAUAAUGUCACAGCUUCACCAGCACCAUCAUGGCCCCAGAAUCAAUCUCAUGAUUUAUGUGAUUAUUCUUAUCAGGCUGCAUCUCCUUGUACCCAACAGUCUUCAUCAUAUUACUCUCAGGAUAAUGCACCUAACUCUUCAUAUAGAUCCCAACCUGCUAUCGAAAUGGAACUCAUAUAUGAUUUGAGAGGGCAUAUGGAGCAGCUGCAUCAAGAAAUGUCGGAACUCAGAAAAUCAAUCAAAUGUUGUAUGGAUAUGCAGAUGAAAAUGCAACGUUCCAUCAAGAAUGAAGUUGCAAAUGCAGUAGCUCUGAAUCAUUCAGGUUGUGCAGAUCCAAAGAAUGGAGGACGAAAACCCGUGAAAAGGGUUACAAGUGGAGGAAGAUGUUGUAUUUGCUGCAAGAUGCAAGUUGAUUCUCUUCUAUACAGGUGCGGACACAUGUGCACCUGCUUCAAGUGUGCCCAUGAGCUGCAGUGGAGCAGCGGCAAAUGUCCAAUAUGUAGAGCUCCUAUUCUUGAUGUUGUCCGAACAUAUUCUAAUCAUUCUUCAUAUAAACCUAUAUGAAUGAGUUCUUGCUUUGGAGGACCGUCAUUUUCUUUUACUAUCUACUUAACAUGAUCAAAGAUGAAGAAAUCAAUUCUUUCUUCUACUUCUUUUUUUCCUUGUUUAGCUUGCCUAACUAGUUUUCUUCCUUCUCCUUUUAAUUGUUGUGUGUGUAUGUGUGUGGUGGUUGAAAUUAGUAAGUAUAAAAUUGGAAAAGUGAAGAGAAAUAGCAUGCAUGGUGAGUAAGACUUGUGUAAUUCUGUCUGAGAAUGGGAGUAGAUUAUUAGCUUUGCCUCUUGUGCAGUUGUUACCCUACUCGUUGAUAGCAAUUAGAGUGUGAUGAGAUCAAAAUUACUAAUUAAUCUUACUUAGAUGAUAAGAUAAGAAACUAAAAAU